GGGGACGGGAUGGAAGGGGCAGGACAUCCCCGCCUCAUUCUUCUCCUCCCUCCUCUGACCCCGCCGGCCGGAGGACCGGGCUAGAGUGGGGCCGGCGGAGGCGGGAGGAAGUGGGGCCAUGCCUCGGUCCCCCCGGGCCUGCCGGCUCCGCGACCUGUUGCUGACGGCGCUCGGCACGGGCGCCUUCGUGCUGGACCUGGGCGCCGACGUAUGGGCCGCGGGCCAGUACGCGGUGCAGGGCCGCCUGCUGUGGGCCGCCCUGCAGCUGGCCGCGCUGGUCCUCUCCUCGGCCGCCCUGCAGCUCUUCAGCUGGAUCUGGUACCGCGGAGACCCCGCCGACCUGCACCCGGGCCUGCCCCCGGGCCGCGGCCUGGCGCUGCUGCACCUCCUGCACCUGGGCUACCUGCAUAGGUGUGUCCAGGCCCUGAAAGUGGGAUUUGCCCUGUGGAAGCAGGAGGAGCCAGCAGAGUUUGACCUCGACUAUGCCAACUUCAUUUCUAUGGAUAUCAGUAUGCUGCGGCUCUUCGAGACCUUCCUGGAGGCCACACCGCAGCUCAUCCUGGUACUUCACAUCACCUUGUGUACGGGCAGAGUGGAAUACUAUCAGUGGAUAGGCAUUGGCACCGCCUUCAUCUGCAUUGCGUGGGCUUUGCUAGAUUAUCAUCGGGCCCUGAGGAGCUGCCUGCCCACCAAGCAUGCCCUGGGUUACUUCUCUUCUACUGUCUACUUCCUCUGGAACCUGCUGCUGCUGUGUCCCCGCAUCGUGGCGCUGGCCCUCUUCACCACUGUCUUCCCCAGAUACAUCGCCAUCCACUUCCUGCUCCUCUGGGUGGUCUUGCUCCUCUGGGUGUGGCUGCAGAACACAGACUUCAUGCCAGGCGCCACGUCUGAGUGGUUGUACCGUGGCACUGUGGCCGUCAUUCUCUACUUCUCCUGGUUCAAUGUGUCAGAGGGCAGGACUCGGAGCCGAAGCAUCAUCCAUUUCUGCUUCCUUGCGAUGGACAGCGCCCUCUUGGGUGGCACGUGGCUGGCACACAAUAUUCCGCUGCCCAGUCCCUCCCUGUUGCCAUGGCUGCUGCCUGGAGCUGCACUAUGCUUCCUGCUGGGCCUGGGACUGCGGGGUGCCUACUACCAGUGGCUGCACCCUAGCCGCCAAGCGGAAGCCUUAGACGAGGGGGAUGGGACCCAGGGCUUCGCUCUCCAGGAUUGGCCCCUGAACAGGCGGAUGGCCAAACUCGCCCUGAGCUUCUUCCCCAGAGCUGCCCCUGCCAAGAAUAAGGAAGUGAAUGGUGUCCUCUGAGCUGGGACUGGGACCAAGACAAGCCGGGUGGGCUUCCUGAGCCUUGCCUCCGAUUCUCAGGAUCAUAGGGGCUCUUGCUUCUACUUGGAGAUGGGAGAAGUGGCACAAACUAUGCUACUAGAUUAGGGAAGGGAGGGGAGGUUGGAGUGGUGGGCCUUCAUCGCUGCUGCUCCCCCUGCCCCCCCAUACACAGAGGCCAGCAGUGCCUUAGCAGCUCAUCACUGGUCGUCCCCAGCAGGGAUCACUGGGGGUGGGGGGAGAUGCCAGUCUGCCUGGACCUCUUGCCUGCUGGAGCCAGGAAGGGCAAACCAUCAAUGCCAUUGAUAAAGUGCCUUAUGAACUUCAUCGGGACCAACAUAUUCCUCCUUCCCUGGGGGAUUUUUGUUUGUCAAGAAGGAAACACUUUCUUUGUACCUCCCGUCUUGACUGGAGGGAAGACGUGCUGCUGCUUAAGUCCAGGAGGGAGUUUGAUUCGUUUUGCACAGUGUUACCUGAGUUUUAUUAAAACCUUUGAAAUCUG